AAAAAUCAUACAUUUCGGGUGAACUAUUCUAGUAACAUUUUAGUAUUUUUUUACGCAGAAACAAAACAGCCUUAAAUUGACCAGUGUCUGAUGAAACAAAUCUUACAUGAUUUUUUUAUAUCUAGUGCUUUUAGUACAACAACUAAACAUUAGGUCUGACAUAGAUUUUUGCUUCAGGACCCAGAUUUUAAUAGCAGAUAUCAAGUGGGCGCCCAAAACAGUCCUAAAAUAGUUCAUUUUUAUUAUUUGGUGCUUUUAGUACAACAACUAAAAAAGUAGGCGCAAUGACUCCCCUGAGCAUUUUAAGUGCAGAAUUUGCUUCUUACAACUUGUUCUCAAUGCACUUUUUCUAAUGAUUCUUGGGAGAUGUCCUACAAUAUUAAUUCCUUCAUAAAGCUCUCACUAGCCUGUAUCACACUCUGCAUAUCCCCAAACAUUCAUUUCAUUCUUCUAAAGAAAUGCAUUCUUAGUAGACACACCUUCUGUAGCUGUAGUAUGAAGCAUUUAAUCCCAGCGCGUAAACUCGUGUCAAACACAUUUCUAUACUCUGAUGUGUCACUGACCGUGGUGACGAGAGCGUGUCCCGUAAUGAAUCCAGCCAUCAUUCAUGACAAGCAUAAAUCAGCUCUCAAUGCAACAUAAUCCUUUUCCCCUCACACAGCCUUGGGGCUUUUCUUCCUUCUCUCACACACUCGGGAGCUCAGGUGUGUCUUUACAAGCUUCAGCUUUCAGAGUUAUUACAGCACAGUCCAUUGCUGGCAGCUACAGGUACGCGCUCACAAGCCCGGGACCACAACACACUGAGAUCAUCAGCAGAAGACGCCGUCUAAUCACCUGCAAACUCUGGAAGUGAUGAGUAUUGGACUAUGAUGAAUCAUUUUUGGUAGAAGCCGAAGCUGUUCAGUCAAGUCUAGUCCUACCACAUGCUAUUCGUCUUCAUCUGCAAAGGUCCAGCAAUGCUGAUCCAGUUAAAGACAUCGGCGUUCCUGCUCCUCUUGAUAGCUGCUCCAGUCCGCCUCCAGGACGAAUGUGUGGGGAAUUCAUGUUAUCCUAACCUCGGUGACCUCAUGGUGGGCCGCGCCGCCCAGCUCAAGGCUUCUUCAACCUGUGGACUCUACAGAGCACAAAAAUAUUGCAUCCUGGGAUACCUAGAGAAUGAGCACAAGUGCUUCAUCUGUGACUCCAGGAGCCCCUACAGUCUCCACCACAAUCCCAAAAGCCACCGCAUAGAAAACAUCAUCACCACGUUCCAACCUGAACGCAAGAUGAGCUGGUGGCAGUCCGAGAACGGUGUCCAUGAGGUCAGCAUUCAGUUGGAUCUGGAAUCAAUGUUUCAGUUUAGUCAUCUGAUAUUGACGUUCAAGAGUUUUCGGCCUGCUGCCAUGUUGGUUGAGAGGUCGAAAGACUUCGGGAGAACCUGGAAGGUUUUCCGUUACUUUGCGGAGGACUGUGCUAACUCUUUCCCCGGUGUCUCUGAGGGGCCAGCAGACAGUAUUGAUGACCUUAUCUGUGAUACUCGCUACUCUGGGGCAGAGCCGUCCACCGAUGGAGAGGUGGUGUUGAAAGCCUUGGAUCCCAAUUUUGACAUCCAUGAUCCUUACGACCCUACUAUACAAGAUCUGAUCACCCUGACAAACCUGCGAGUAAACUUUACCCGCUUGAUCACCCUGGGCGACACGUUCCUGAUGCGACGGAAGAGGAACCCACAGGAUAAGUACUAUUAUGCCCUCUAUGAGAUGGUGGUUCGGGGGAGCUGCUUCUGCAAUGGCCACGCCAGUCAGUGCAUUCCCGUGGAUGGCGCACGUGGAGAUACCUUUAAUGAGCCUGGCAUGGUACAUGCUAAAUGUGUUUGCCAACACAACACUGCAGGGUUCAACUGUGAGCGCUGUCAAGACUUCUACCAUGACGCCCCCUGGAGGCCAGGUGGAAAAACAGACUCGGAUGUUUGCAGAAGGUGUUACUGCCAUGGUCAUUCAGAGAAGUGUCACUUUGACUUAGCACGCUAUCUGGCCACUGGUGGGGUUAGUGGUGGUGUGUGUGAUGACUGCAGGAACAACCGUGCUGGACCCCAGUGUGAUCUGUGUGGGCCGUAUUACUACCAGGACCCUCAACGCUCUACGCACGACCCCAAUGCCUGUAUACCUUGUGAAUGUAAUCCUGAUGGCUCAAUGGAGGGUGGUCUGUGUGAUCCAGUGACUGGCCAGUGUGUGUGUAAACAGAAUGUUGAAGGAGAGCGCUGUGACCGCUGCAAGUCUGGGUUCUAUGGGUUCAGCAGGGUUGACCCUAGUGGCUGUCAGUUGUGUAGGUGUAAUUUCAUGGGAACUAUACGUACUGGCAACCCUUGUGAUCAAACUACUGGAACAUGCAUCUGCGAGCCAUUUGCUUUCGGCCCACAGUGCGACCAGUGUCUGCCAGGUUACUGGGGUCUGGGAAACACAGUCUAUGGCUGCUUACCCUGUGACUGUGACAUUGGAGGGGCAUUGAGAACCGAAUGUUCCCCAGUGGAUGGCCAGUGUGAAUGCAGGCCUAACAUGGUAGGCCCCAAAUGUAGUGAGCCGGCCCCUGGAUAUUUCCUGGCCCCUCUUGAUUUCUAUAUCUAUGAGGCUGAACAUGCAGCACCUCUGUUGUCAAUUUCUCCAUUUAUACAAGCCCCUACAUUGGUCUAUCCCCCGGAAAAGAUAACUGUCCGACCAACCAAGCUUCCUCUCUGCUCCUCUACCCCAAAACCCUUCCCAAGACCUUAUAAAGCAACUGAUCCCCCAACUGUGAAGCCGUCUCCGACCCCAUACCCCUAUUUCACACUACCCAUCUGUGAGCAAUACUACAGACAAAGAGGUUAUGACUUCAAGAUCAGUAAUGGCAGGGUUGUGGUGUUCAAGCGUGAGAAGCAGCGAACUCGAAGACAAGGCCAGAGGACAAUCCCCUUUGAACCAGGCUCACCUCUUCAGAUCAUCCUGCGACAGCGCACCCCAGAUCGGCCCAUCACUUGGACUGGACCAGGUUUUGUUCGAGUUCAGGAUGGGGUUGGACUAAGAUUUAAUGUCAGAAAUAUACCAGCUACUCUUGACUACUAUGUAGUUGUCCGCUAUGAACCAGAGUCCACUGACGAUUGGACAGCUAUUGUGAACGUUGUAUCUUUUGGAUCAGGGGAUAGAAGUUGUCUCAACGACCCAUCUGAUAAAAUGUUUACACUUCCAGCCUCUGGAAGGACAGCCACACUGGAUCUUCCAAUAUGCCUUAGUGAUGGUAAUAAAUACCAUGUGGACAUUACUUUUAGAAAGAAGCCCAGUGCCGACCCUCAGAUCAUCUCAUUCAUUCUGAUUGACUCUAUGGGCCUCAUUCCCAAAGUGGACUCACUCCCAAACCUCUGCACGCAGUCAUAUCUAGCUCAGUUUCAGCAAUACCGCUGUAUUGAGUUGGACGCAGAGGCAGGACAGCACACCCUUUCUGAAGAAUGUGAGAAGCUUAUUGGAAGUAUGUCAGCUUUCAUUCACAAUGGUGCAGUGUCUUGCAACUGUCAUCAUGUUGGAGCGUAUGCCUCAUCUUGCAGUAAAUUUGGAGGACAGUGUCAGUGCAAACCCAAUGUUAUUGGUCGUUGCUGUGAUUCCUGUACUCCUCUGACAUAUGGGCUUGGGCCAGAUGGCUGCUCACCAUGUGACUGUGAUCCGUCUGGCUCUACCGCUGAGCUUUGUGACCAGAAAACUGGUCAAUGCUCGUGUCGAGAAGGAGUAACUGCUCGUCGAUGUGAUAAAUGUUACCCUGGUUACUACGGUUUUCCCCUGUGCAGAAGAUGCAAAUGCAACGGGUUGGCUGACAUCUGUGACCUGGUCACUGGAGACUGUCUGGACUGCAGGGAACACUCCACUGGACCCCACUGUGAAAGGUGUAAGGAUGGUUAUGUUGGUGACCCUGUUUCUGGGCAUCCUUGUGAACCAUGUUUAUGUCCAGAUUUGAACGGAAGUGGGCGCUUCUUUGCCAUUUCCUGCAACAAAGAUCCAUACUCUGGAGCUCCAUACUGUGAAUGUCUGCCUGGACAUACAGGCCUAAACUGUGACUCCUGCGCUCAUGGUUACUAUGGUGAUCUGAGGUUUCCAGGCAGCCGAUGUGAGGAGUGUUGUUGCAACAAUAACAUUGAUCCUCGCGACGGUGAAGCAUGCGAUGCUGUAACUGGCGAAUGUUUGCGGUGCUUACAUAACACAGAGGGGCCGCGCUGUCAGAGUUGCAAACGUGGAUACUAUGGCAAUGCACUCGCUCAAGACUGCAAAGAGUGUUCUUGUGACUGGAGGGGCACAGACGACACCAAGUGUCCAGCUGGAAGCCCCUGUUUCUGUGACCAGGAAACUGGCCAGUGCCCAUGUCGCACAAGUGUCAAGGGAACCCAAUGUAAUGAGUGUAAGGAUGGAUACUGGAACCUGGAUGGGGAGUCUGGUUGUCAGCCAUGUAAUUGUGACCCAGAACAUGCUCUCAACUAUAUCUGUGACCAGAUCACAGGCCAGUGUUUGUGCCAGCCAGAAUAUGGGGGCAGAAAAUGUGAUGAGUGUGGGCCGAAUCACUUUGGAAACCCAUAUAUACAGUGCAUGUCUUGUGACUGUAACAUGGAGGGGACCAUUUAUCCAUUUUGUGACCCUUACACGGGCGAGUGUUUGUGUAAGCCAGGAGUGAUUGGCCUUUUCUGUGACGAAUGCGCUCCAGGUCAUGACACAAACUUUCCUGCCUGUGAACCCUGCCAUGCCUGCUACCACCUCUUGGAGAAAACGGUCUCAGAUGUUAGACUAGAUAUUGAGAGGAUAGAAACUAUAAAGCCAUGUCCUGAAGACAAUAGGACUACAUCUGAACUACAAUACUUAUGGAAUCUGUUGAAGAAGCUGCAGAGUCUGGCUAACAUGACCACCAAGGAUGAGCUAGAAAAACUAGAGGAACUCUUGGCACGCAUUAGGAAUGAAACAGAGACCAUUGACCCACACAUAAUCAUUAUUGAUCCAACCAUACUGCUCAACACUGACAUCGACAAUAUCCGACUUGACUUCAACAUACUCUUGAAGAAUCUCAGGGAGAAGGCAAAAGAGAUUCCAGCGACAGAUGUAAAAGCUAUUAAUGAUAUUUUAAAUAAGAUCAAAAAGCUCUAUGAAGUAUUCACUGACAGUGAGAAAAAAGUGCAAGCAGCUAAAAAGGCCCUGGAAGCCUCCAGGAAUACGAGAAAGAAUGCUACAUUGGAACUUGCUAAGUGUCCCAUAGGAGAAAUGGAUAAGCUGGAGAGGAAAGUGAAAGCUCUGAGUGUUGCCAGCCUCAACGAGAAGGUCUGUGGGGCUCCAGGCGAUGCAGAAUGUGACAAGGCAAAAUGUGGUGGAGCUUCAUGUGAGAUUUGCGGGGGUCCUGCCUGUACAGGGAGUUUACCCCUCAGCCUCAAUACCUCCAAACUGGCAGAGAUGACAGAGAAGAACAUUACUGAUCUGCGCCGUAAACUCAAGGAAGCUGAUAGACAGCUCAUGGACACCUCAAACAUGACUGAUUACAUCAAAGAUCAAGCUGAGGACCUGAUGGAUAAAAUUAAUCAGACUAAGAACAAAUAUGAAAAGGAAAAGAUUGACACCAAGAACCUCAUUGAGAAGCUCAAGAACUACCUGAGAGAUGAGCUGGUGAAACCAGAGGACAUUGAGAAACUGGCCAAUGCUGUGUUGUCCAUUCAGCUGCCCAAAUCCCCUGAUGAGAUCAAGGACAUGAUAGAGGACAUCAAGAGGAUCCUGGCAAACAUCACACACUUCGACGAUGAUCUAGAGCACUUGGAAAAACAAGCCAGAAUUGCUGAAGACAUGAAGGAGAGGGCCCAAGAAAUCUUGAACAGAACCAAGGCUAUCAAUGUGGGGGAGAUAGAGAAAGCACUCAACGAUACAGCAAAGGUCAAUGACAAGAUAUUCAAGGAUCUGAAUAAGGCUAAAGAAAACAAUGACAUUAUCAGGGAGAAAGUUAAUGAGACUGAACCUAAACUAAAAAAUAUUGAGGAUAAUUUGGAUUCAACUCGUGCCAAAAAGUUACUGGAUGAAAUCAAGGCCUUGGAGAAUAAGACGGAGAUGAACAGAGCUCAGGGGAAGGAGGCCAAAGAUGCUGCCAAUGCAGUGCUUGACAUUGCCAAAGACACCGAAAAGGAUCUUGAGGAAUUGAAAGAGCAGUUUGAAAAGUUAAAACUGAAUAGCACAACCCAGAAUGUUAAUGAAGAGGCUAAUGAACGUCUGAAGAACAUCACAAUAGAGGCAGAAACACUGGCUAAAAAUGUGGAAGAUAAAAUGAAGGAAAUUGAAGAAUUGGAGAAAAAGAUUCUGGAUGCAGCUAAAAGGAAAGAGGAAACAAUAAAAGAUUUGGAGGCACUCCAGAAGGAAGCAGAUGACUUGAGGAACUUUAUUGUUGAAGUGGAUAAAUACAAUCUGUGCUCCACUUAA